AUGAUGCUGGCUAUUGUGAUGGGGACCUAUAAAGCAAUGAGCAAAGAUGGGUAUCAGGGAGAGAUUAACGUGUUGUUGGCUACUAGAAUCUCCACUAUUCAUCGCUACCUGGUUCAAUACGCACGUAAGAAGUUCUUUGCUCUUACUAAAAACAAAGGGAAGCCUAUCAGAGACUUGAUAUCCAAGGUCGCUCGGCGCAAACCAAGUGAAAAAGAUCUUGAAGCGAUGGAAAUCGACACCAACAAGUUGAAUUACUACGAUGUGAUCGCGUACGGCAAAUUCCGACCGCCGCUGUUGCUGGAGGUACUGAAGACAAAGCUGAAGCAUGAUCCAGCAUACACUUCGACGACGAAGCUGACUCCGACGCUUCUGCGAGGCCUUUUCCCUAACUGCAAAAUUUCCGACAAGGAGAUGGUUGAUACGUUUGAGUUCCUUCGUCAGGGGUUCGUUCUUAACGAAGCAGUCACGAAACAGGGUCAGGACAAGAAGCCCGUGUCGGGGCAGACGAAAGCUUCACGGCUGGCAGAGCUUCAUCAAAUCCUUGAAAAGACCCACAAAGAAAUCCAGUUUCUGACUGCCAACGGAGCGCAAUAA